GAAGGAGCCUGCCGGAACGGGGAGCAGCCCUGGAGGCCCGGAGUUGGCCCCGGGGACUCGGCUGCAGGGGGCCAGGAAGCGACUGCUGCGCUGGGCAAGUCGUGGGUUUCCUUCUGGGCCUCUCCCGGCCCAAUUAAAACAUUUGAAUCAAAAAGAAAGUGACAGCGUCAUCUUGUCUUAGAGGUGUUGCACUCUCAGUCUCGGCAUAUUGACGUUAGGAUGGCUUGCAUAGAUUAUCUUCGGAAAAACAGAGAGAAAUUUGAAGCGUUCAUAGAGGGGUCAUUUGAAGACUAUUUAAAAUGUUUGGAAAAUCCACAGGAGUGGGUUGGACAAGUGGAAAUAAGUGCCCUAUCUCUUAUGUACAAAAAGGAUAUCAUAAUCUAUCAGGAACCAAAUGCUGCCCCUUCAUGUGUAACUGAAAAUGGCUUUCCUGACAAGGUAUUGCUGUGUUUUUCAAAUGGAAAUCACUAUGACGUUGUUUACCCAAUAGAAUAUGCAGAAAAGGCUGCUCUCUGCCAGUCUGUUCUUUAUGAAUUACUUUAUCAUAAAGUAUUUGGCAUUGAUGUGAAUAAAAUCCUAGAGGAACUACAUGCUCCUGAUGUGACAGAAGAAAGUAAUGGCAGCAGUGAAAUAUCUUCUGAAUCUGAAGCAGAUGAUAACUACAAAAGUAAGACUGCCGCAGUUAGUGAUAUGAAUGGAUUAAAGUCUCGUUCUGGCAGCAAGCACCUUAAGACUAAUGGAAAUCCCACCUCAUUUACAUUGCCUAGAAAAGUUGUCAAAUCGCUCAACCCAUCAGUUUAUAGAAAUGUUGAAUAUGAAGUUUGGCAACAGUCCAAACGGGAUCAGCAAAAACGAGAUUUUUCCAUUGCUGCUGGCAUGCAAUAUUCAGUUGGAGAUAAAUGUAAAGUGCGCUUAGACCACAAUGGAAAACUUUAUAACGCCCAUAUCCAAGAAGUUUGCUCUGAGAAUGGACCUGUUGUUGUAUUUGUGGAAGAGCUUGGAGCAAAGCAUUCUGUGUCACUGAAGAGCCUUAAACCUCUUCCACAAGCAUCCCCCAUGGAGGCCUGGAACACUGUGUCAGGGAAGAAAAUAAAAAAGUUCCCUCCAACUUGUGGUCAGAAUGUACAGCCUGAUGCAGACUGCAGAAGGCCAAAGAAUCAAAAUAAGCCAAUAAAAACCCAGUCAGUUCUACCUCCUCGACUUCAGCAUGCUGUGGGAACCAGACAGCAUCAGUUCUCAAAUUCUGGGCCACAGUCUCAGCAGACCUCUGCAGAGCAGAAAACUCUGGGCUCCCGGAGUGCUUCCCAGGCUGUAAGAAAAGCAGACCGUGAGAGAACUGAAGACUUGGAUUAUGCUAGCAGAGAUUGUAACUACUUUGGCCUGUCUCCAGAGGAACGUAGAGAAAAACAGGCCAUAGAAGAAUCUCGCUCACUUUAUGAGAUUCAGCAGAGGGAUGAGCAGGCUUUUCCUGCCUUAUCUAAUCAGUCUGCUACACAGACUGCUGAUACUUUCAACCAGAAAAGGUUCCCAGUUGUCAGUGAGGGAAGAAACAGCAAGUGGGGAUCAGAUGUAGAAGAGCGGAAGGAUAAAGACUCCGAAUCCAGGCAGAUGCACUUAAAUCAGAAGCUUGAGCCAAAUUCAUCUGAGAGGAAUGGUGGAGAUGAAAAAUAUCCAGAAGCUUCACCUCCUUUAGAGCAAGCAAAGACGCAAUCUCUGUCUCCAGCAGAACAAAGACUAACAGAACACUUACCAUGUGUAAAUCCAGCUGCCUCUCCAGUCUUCUCUGAGGUGCAUUUGCCUCCCACAGUGCCUUCUCUUCCAGCCAUUGUGCCAGCUUGGCCAAAUGAGCCAACGACUUAUGGGCCAACAGGUAUUCCAGGCCAAAUGCCUGUUUCGUCAUUGAUGCCGCCUCCGACAACGGGGCCCGAUUCCGUUGUAUCCCAGGCUCAGGUAACAUCUGCUCCAGUUGCCGGAGUUCCUGUGUCUGUUCAAGCGGUUAACCAGCCUUUAAUGCCUUUGCCUCAGACACUGAAUCCUUAUCAGGACCCACUGUACCCUGGAUUCCCUUUUAAUGAAAAGGGAGAGAGAGCCAUUGCACCACCUUACUCCCUAUGCAGUACUGAUCUGCCUAAGGAUAAAAGUAUUCUUCGAUUUUUCUUCAAUCUUGGUAUAAAGGCAUACAGCUGUCCCAUGUGGGCACCACAUUCUUAUUUGUACCCUCUGCACCAGGCCUACGUAGCUGCUUGUAGAAUGUACCCAAAUGUUUCAGUUCCUGUAUAUCCACACAACCCUUGGUUCCAGGAGACUCUGCUGACUUCGAAUGAAAGUGAAACUGCACAGACAAACAGGCACUUUCCUAUGCAGAGUGAGGCCAGAUGUAAUGGUCAGAGUUCACAGGUUGACAGUAGGUCUCCAUCACUGCCUCUGCUUAUAUCUACAGCUCAGGUUUCAGAAAGUCAAGGACCAGUCUGUGUAGAGUCUGAGAAUCCAGUGCAAGGUCUUCAUACUGAUUAUGAUGAUUCACUGAGAGGGAAAAAUAUGUUCCCACAACCACCCUUUGGACACAGUCAGUUUCUAGGAGCUGUUCCAAUAGCUUCUCCUUUCUUUCCUCAUUUUUGGUAUGGGUACCCAUUUCAAGGUUUUAUUGAAAAUUCAGUAGUGAGACCUAAUGUUGUCAUGUCACCUGAGGACAAGGGGGCAACUGCUACCACCUCAGAAAACUUAUAUUUGGCUAAAGAAGGCAGUUCCCCAGUUCCUGUAACAAGUUUUGUGGAGCAGCUACAGAAGACUAAAAGUGACAGUAGCUCCAAUGCCGUGCCACCCCCUGUGGCUAGUGUGCACAGUGAAUGUGAUGUCUUGAAUGAAACCUCAGCCAGGGUGCCUAAGAUGGAGCAAAUAUAUACUGCUGCUUCUGCUGAACAAACAAAGGCUGGAUUACCAAACCGGUCUCCACAAAUACAGGGUGUUGAGAGACAGACAGUGAUGUCAAGUGCUUUGCCAUCGUUAUCGGAGCCAUCAAAAAAUGAACUGAAAAGUACUGUUCCCAGCCGUAAGGAAAAAGCAGACAAAGCCAGAGAUCCCAAGACUGCUGGUAACGUACAGACCAGUUCUGGAGAAAGUAGGGCCCAGAGAACAAAAGAAGAGAGCUCUGAAGAUGAACAUGAAGUGUCUGAUAUGCUGAGAAGUGGCAGACCGAAGCAGUUUUAUAAUCAGACCUACGGAGGUGGCAGGAGGCCUAGAAAUGAAUGGGGCUAUCCUAGCAGGGGAGGAUACCAAUAUCCAAGAGGUGAGGAAGCCUGGAAAGGGCCACCCAACAGAGGCAGAGAUGAAGGUUACCAGUAUCAUCGAAACUUUAGAGGGAGGCCAUAUAGGAAUGAUAAAAGGAGGGCAACCCUGGGAGAUGGUCAGAGGGGACAUCAAAUAUAGGAAUGCUUACUGGAAUGUUUAUAGGAAUAGGAAUGCUUAUUGGAGAGCUUCAAAUGCAAAAACUAGUUUGAAGUAGAGAUUUCUAAAUCUUCCCAAGUGUGCGGUGAGUUGUUGCUUUUUUGGGGGGCUGGGGUUUAGUUUUGUUUUUAAGUUAAGGGUACGCUCGAAGUGAGGCCUAGGGGGAAACGAACUCUGAACAUCUAGUUUCUUAGCAACUUAAAAGUUUGUUUUGGUUUAGAAUUUUUUCUUAGUAUCUGAAAAGUGGAAAAUAAGGCUAUUAUUUAAACUAUAAAAACAGUAUAGGUUUAGCAUUGAACUUUUUCCCCUGCCCCCAAAGGUGUGAGCUUGUUAUACAGUAAGAUGGUUUAAAAUAUUUACUAGAUUGACAGAAAUAGAGCAUUUGACAUGACCUAGAGUCUAAAUUGAUUAGUAACAUUGCACCAAAUAUAAAUGUGUAUUUUAUCAUAAAAUGCCUUAGUUUUAAACUGAGCUAAAGGAAUUCUCAGCCUACCGCACUGUUGUCUUUGACAUGCUUCCAACCCAAAGGCCUUUCAUCUCAAAAUCUGUCAAACUUGAAUGUUUUCUCUUUAAUGCAUUACAUGUAUGGCAGCCAGCUAACCUUGUGUCUUAGGUAUGUUGUAUAUAGUUCUUUUAAUAUUCAUAGGGUAUAUUUUUGAAUUUUAAAAAGCUUUUGUUGAAAUCAAAAUAGAAGUAAGCAGUCAAGAGUAGCUGUGUGUGAAUUGAUAGGAAAUUCAAUGGAAUGGCUGUUUCCACCAAGAAUUCGUAAUGCUGGCGUGACUAGAAUGGUGCCUAUGCCAACAAACUAAUUACAAAGACAAUAAAAAUGUAGAUGCUAUGCAUUUCCAAAAUAAUUCUGCAUCUGUUAAUAGCAGAAGGUUUUUUUAUGCCACUUUAACACUAAUGCACUGACAAAUCCUAAAAUAUUUUGAGAGACGCAUAAAAAUACAUGUUACCUUUUUUUAAGUUUGUAUUAAAUGCUACUGUUCAGCUUUUUGUUCUUGUUGCACUAUGAUGCAAAUCUGUUAUGCUUUGCAUGUACAACUCAUUGCUGGAACUACUUUUUAAAACAAGAUAGGUGUACUUUCACAAUAUAUAUUCCCUAGAGUUUAGAAGAAAGUGGCUUUUGCCUUAUAUUUUUUCACUGUGUGUCAAAAUUCUGAUUGCUGUGUCUUCGGACCUCUAAAGAUGAUGAUGGCUGCAGUUUCUGAUUGUGUUUGCUGUUUGGAAUUCAGCUAUCCAAACGCAGACAGUGCAGUGUGCACAAUAUCCACUCAGCUCUGUUGCUUUGUAAAAUUAACCAUUGUGUAUAUUUUUAUAUCUCUGUAUAUACCAGUGUAUAAGGUGAUGGUGCCCUUUUAUUCAUGUCUGAGAUUGUAUACCUUUGAUCAGGAAACUUGAGUGAUAGUUGUGACAAAGUAAUUCUUUUCAGAUGCAUGCCAUGUAUAAAACACCCAAUUAAAAAUAAAUGUUUCUCCUUUCACUUUCUUUCUAAAUUAUAUUUAUAUAUUUUUAACCACUGGUGUAAUAACAUUUGUCAGAUUAGUCUUCUGGUUCCGUUGCUAACUACAAAUGGUAUGUAUCAGCAGAAUUUAGUGGAUUGCCAUUUAUUGUCAGCUGCUGAGUUCUGCUACAAAGCUGAACUCGUGAAGUGACCACUGAACAGCAAUUAGUGUUUAGGCACUUUUUGCAAAAUAAUAUAUGCAAAUUAGUAUUCAUAGUGAUUUCUAAGGGUUGUUCUCUUUUUACCUGAAAAAGACCAACCUAUUUGAGUGGAGAAAAAAUUCUUUUUAGAACAAAAUUUAGCCUUACCCUGUAGAGUUGCUACUGAAAACUAACAUGCUGAAAGGGUAUAUACUAACUAUGCUUUUAAACUUUAUUCACAUUCAGCAAUUAUGAGUUGAAGCUUAGCCUUAUUCUUUAAGGAAGCUUCUCUUCAUAGUCUGUAGCUGUUUUGCUCUUUAGACUGCUGUGCUGUGAGCCCUAUCUAAUGUCAUGGUAGUUUUUCCUGCACAUUGAAUGGGCAUUAGACUAAACACUUCCUCAUCUAGUUCUUAUGGACUGCUAUUCUUUAUCUCAAGUCAGAAAGUGCUCUUUCUAGACUUUUUCCUCAGGGAAUGAUAAAAACAGGAGCAUGUUGGUGAAUUGUGAAGUGUACUGCUACGUGGUUUUUGUUCUUUUUUUUUUUUCCCCCCCUUUCAAAGGUUACCUGCAAAAGACUGACCAUCUAGGAUGGUUUGACAUCUGAAACCUGUGAUAGUUGGAGGCUUCCCCCACCCCUGACCUUGCUUCUCUUUUUCCCCCCCAUUAUUUGGAAAGGUUGGGGGAGGGUUAAGGCCGGUCUACUCUUGUCUGAUAGAAGAUUUGAGGAAAGGAAGGUCUAAGAUUGCUUGCCAGCUCUACUGCCCUGGUUGAUCAUGGUUUUCAAGCAUAUGAAUCUGAUUAGUCAAGGUGGCUACUCUGAAUGUUUAGCAUGUGCUUUAAGUGCCUUGUUGAGUGCAGGCAUAUCAGCUUAAUCAAAGAUACAAGAGAAGUGAAACUUAGUCAUGUCUCAUUUAAAAUUUUAGUCUUCAAAAUAAAUAGGAAUUAACAAACAGAAGGCCCAGAGUUGAAGUCUAAAAAUUAUUUCCUCAGCUUUCACCCUUGACUCUGACACCUUCCAGGUUUUUGUCUCUUAAAACCUGGUCUAUAUUGGCAAGUCUUAGACAUGCCUACACUAAUGUUAGGAGUGCAAUUUUUAUGCUCCUGACAGUCAUCUUGGCAGAAGCCCUGGCAAAGGUAAUUCAGUUUAGACCAACAAAAGUUGCCAUUAUGUCAUUUGAAGCUAUGUGAGCAAGUGCUCACUGUAUACACCAGGCCUGACUAUGGUGUUUUUCUAAACUUAUUUCUAACUGAAAAACAAAACUGGAAUAAAAUAUUCGUAUCCUUAAGGACUCCAAGAAAAGGGGAGCAAGCUCUAUUGUCUUUGUAGGUUGCAUUUGAUAGCUUUUCCGUAUGCAGGUAGUAACAGCAGGUAAAUGUUCACCAAAGGAGAUUCUGAACUCUUACUUAUUUUAAAGGUAUAAAUAUAGCUGAGAAGCUACUUUGUGUGGACUACUAUGGGUCAGUAACUUUCCAAGUUGGCUUUUUUUUUGUUCUGGUGUCUGAAAGUUGAAUUUUAUGUUGAGACAUUUUAGAAAUAGCAUUUUCAGUUAAAGACUUUGAUAAAAAGUUAAUGUUGAAGUUGCUACCUUCUCAUCUUUUGUGGCUUUAUUUUGUAUAAAAACACUGAGAUUAGAAUAGACUUAUUUUGGCCUUUUUAAAGAGGGAGGCCAUGUGCUGCACAGUAGGGCGCAAGACCUGGGAAACAACAUUGUCUAUUAUCUAGUAACUUGACUGCAGGUUCUCCAUCUACAAAACAUACUUUUUAAAGCUGCAGGUGAAAGGACUUUUAAGUAUUUCUUCAAGGAAGCAGCUUCAAUAUCAGAGGAAGUUUGACUUAAUCUGGACAAGAAAAAUUAUCUUAAAUGUCACCUAAUCAGAAAGCCUUAAGUAUAACUUUCAAUUAAUUGCUUUUUUUCUUGACCAAAGCACGGGAGUCUGUUCCUAAACAAAGACUUGCAUAGCUUGAAUUGCUUUCUUGCUUUGAUCUUAAUUUUGUGCCUUUCCUUCUCUUAGUACUACCAUACUUCAUUGCUAAUAGGCCCAUGCUUCUGGGGACAAUCUGCUCUUUCAUGCACGUCUCCCUUGGGCACAACAAUAGUUAUUUAAGCUCUACAGGCAGCUUCCUGUAGGAGCCAAGGCCUACACACACUCAUGAUGUCACGUGGUACAAUGCACACUUUAAUCUCUAGAUAUCUUCCAGCCCAGCAGGUGGUUUCUACUAUGUCCUAUUCUCAUUGUCCCUGUCUUUCUUUGAAUUCCUACAGUUGCUAACACUGCAGUUGCAGCAAUGCUAGAAUCCCUAGUUUACUGUCCUGUCCUGGCAGCCAUAAUUGGCAUUGUUUUAGCUAUCUUCUACAUUACAUAUUUCUGUUACUUUCUCAAGUAAACCAGUAAAAAGAGAAGUAUUUUCUUGUGUAAACCAACAAUUGAUAUAGUUGGAUAAAAAUGACAGUGUAAAGUUAAAGCAUGUGUGGCAGCAAGCUCAACAAAAUUGGCUGAAAACAGUUCAGAAAUUACUUUAGCCAGUUGAAAACUUAAGCAGUGAACUUCAACAGAAUAUUUGAGCAGCUGUCUUCAGUUCUUAAAGGUGACUAUUUUUCUUUUUGGUUAAGGCAACCUGUACUGGUCAAGUUAGUGGACCUAUGGUCUAUUAUAUCUGUCCUGAGUUUGUUUCAGGGGUGAGCCACUAUGCACCUAAAGCCUAACUGCUUGUUUUUCCCUUGUCCAAGCAAGUCAAGCAAUGUAUAAGUAAAGUCUUUCAAUUCAGUGCAUCUUACUUAUUUUUUUAUCUAGCUAGAUACAGCUUGUUUUAACACCUUUCCCUCUGACCCCCCACACAGUUCUGGAACAGCCUGCAAGACAGGCCUUUAAAGACGCUGAUCCUCCUCAGCUCCCAUUCAAGCCAGGAGGCAUUCCAUACCUCACACAAUGGCACCACUUUGAGCAAUAUAUACACGGUAUUGUAGGAGAGACGUGCAUGUCCUAAUGCUGCAAACACCAUUUUUGGUUGAAAUUACUUGAAUGACAGAACUUGGCAAUGUUAAAUCUGGCUUUACACUGAGUACAGUUGAUGAAUAUGUGAAGUUAUGUGUAACAAUACACUUCUUGAAAGGUUUGAAAUUAUGCUAUCAUAUCACUUUUGUACAUAUUAUAUUCAAUAGUCUUUUUCUAUGUUCUAUAUUUUGUAGUCAAGAAAAGUGUUUUGAAAGUAUCUGAAUGUAUAAAAUAUUUAAUGCCUCUAUGGUGUGAUGCUGCAUUGUGUAUAUAAAAAAAAAAUAUUAAAACAUUUUGUCUUUAACUACCUUGACUCUAGUCUGCUAAAACCCUAUAUACAGCUGUAUGUAUUACUGAACUAUGUGGUUGUUCUGCCUGGCAGACUACCUGGUAACCAAGUUAACUAACCUCUAUAAACUCUUCCUUUAAGUUGGUUAGAUAAAGAAAACCAGAAAAGAAAGACUGACAGUAUCUCCUUUUAUAGUUAAAUCAUUCAGCCUUGCUGGUAAAUUCGAUCAUGAAUCUCUUAUGUAUUUAACUGCCUGAUUUCAGGAUAGCAUUUAAUGAGUUCCAUUUAUUUCACAGGCUGAAUAGUGGUGCUUUGUUGUAGCAGAGUCUAAAAAAGUUUUGACCAAUACUUCCCAAAUUGAUAUAUUAAUGUUUAAUAUUUUGAAAAUAAAAUUUGUAAAUACUAUUCUCACUGCAAUCCAAAGCCUGAAAUCUUUUGAAGUCCAUGAUAAUACUGCUAGACUGUGCCUUUAACUAGAAGAAUUUACCUACCUUCUCCCCCAUCUUCUUACAGGUUUGUCCUGUAUUUGGUUGGGAGCAGACUGAAAUGCUCUCUUCUCCCCAAACAUUACUAUUAAACAUUGCUUCCAUUAUCAAGAUUCUUACCAGAUAUUGUAUGAAAAUUAUAUACUAGCAGUAGGAUACUAGAAUAGUUCAUAUAGCAACAACUGGGAGUUUCUUACUCUGACAGGCUUGAAAUACCAGAUCUCAAGUCAUCCUGUUUUAAGUACUACCCCUCUUGAAGAGGUUGCAACGCCCACUAGUGAGUUUUAGCAGAUAACAUUUUUUGUUAACGUGGACUAGUAUGAAAGAACUUUAUGCUGCCACUGCCUUAAUUUAACUUUUGAUAAAUUGCUCCUAAUCUCAGUGUACUCCUUGCAGAAUACCCUAGACCAACUUCCAAUGAAAGUGCUCUGAUAUCUGGCUUUAUUUUAUGGGAAAAGUAGGGGCUGAUACCUGCUGGGAACUCUCAGGACUACAAAUGAGUGCACUGCCAGAAAUAAAGCAGUGUUUUCAUAAUAAACUAACACUAGUACAAAGAGACUCCUUGUCCAACCAACUUCAUGUGCCUCAGAGCCAGUUACAGUGUAAACUGUUACUUUGGCAUUGCUCAAUUUGGGGCAGCAUGUUGUGGUACCAUCCACAUCUAACAAGCCUUACAGCACCAAUUUUCUGUAGUACUUGAAUAUGUGGUCUCAGGUGACAUCCUUCACACUACCAGUGAUUACCACCUAGAGGGUACUGCCCCAUCAAUUACCAUGAGCAUGCCAGGCUUUGCAUUUAACCCCCCCAGUGCUUUUUUUCAUUCUUAAAUUGCUAACGGGAAAGGAUUCCCCCACCUGUUUGCCUGAUGACCCUUUAUUCUUUUGAGCCUGAGCUGGGAGUGGUAUGGCAUGUAGACUGGACUGGCAGGCACCCAUCUUCCUGGCCCUUUCAUGCAACUUAUCCUUGUGUCUACAGUCUACACUACCAUCUACUACUACUGGAAUAUCACUUGUACCUUUCCAGGGAAUUAGGAUAUCUUGUAGUCCAUGAACCUCAAGGGAUUACUUGAAAAAAAGUGACAGAAGAGCAGCCUAUGCCAGUUCAAAUACAUAGCUAAUUUUCUGGAAAUACUACUGGAGGUAGUAUAGGCGUGCACCCCACAAGCUCUUAGGCAUUCUUCACAUCUUUAUGUACAUUCACUGCUGAUAGGCUUUGCUUGCUGUAAUGGACACCAGUAUCAAUACAUCUCUAAAGAGAGGGACAGGAGGUACUAUCUAUCUACUAGAUCUGCUUGCCUUGAUGUUCAGUGCCUAGCUUUCUAAUGUCUGAUGAAAGAGCAAACAGCCAAGAUCUGAAAGGAUGUGUUUCCUCCAACUCCAUUUCCAAAGCACCCAGAAACAUCUGACCGGAUACUACCAUAAUCCACCUGAAGAUCUCUAAUAGAGAUUGCUCAGGAGCUGGAUCUCAUGCUCCCAUUAAUUCAUUUGCUAAAACUCAGACCUCUUCAACAGGGCUUUUAAGGCAGCAGAUUAAGUUACUCCCAGAUCAACCUUUCUUCUAUACUGGCAGUCAAGCAAAGAAAUCAUAUUUCUUGGAUGUUCAAGUUAGAAUGCCAACAGGUUAACUUAAAUUGUUAAGUUCCAUGUACCUGAGAAAAUUCUGAAAGAACAGUUCAUUCAAAGUGAACCUGGGAACAAUGAAAAGGAUGCUAGAUGAAGAAAAACAAUUUAGUGUAGGGCAGUGGCCACCUGCAUUCACUGACCCACUCCAGAGCCAGAAAAGUUGCCUGUGAGGCUGUCUCAGAGUUAUGUCCCACAGCUGUCCUCAGACCCACUGGUGAUAUGGUUGCAGCUGCCUCGAAAGCAACUUUGGCUCUAAAGUGCAACAACAGACUCAGAUGGAUGAGACUCAUUCAGUUCCACCCCUCCAUGAAAUCUGCCACUGACAUUGUUUAGACAAGUCCUUGAUAGGAAGCAAAGUCAAAUUAGUGAGGUUUUCUGGAUGUUACCACUCCUCCCAAUUUCAGAGUGAGGAACUCCAGUUAGCAAGACAAGUAGGCCUUAAGAAUGGACUACACCAAUUCACUUUUUAUGCUUCUAAGCAAUUUGGUUUGUCAAGAGUACAGAAUACAAUGACACUGAUACAAGUAAAAAGCAGUACACUGCAGUGAUUAUAAGCUGCAUUAACUAAGGAAUGUUAGCUGCAUUUUCUUCCCUUUUCCCAGCUCAUGGUUCAGAUUUACUCAGCACUUGAGAUGCAGUCUCUAGUAUUCUCCUUUCCCAGGGCCUCCCAAGGCAGUUAUAACUGCCUACUAUGAUUAAUGAAGCCAGGACAUUUGUUUGAGGGGCAAUAUACCAGGGAAUGCCAAACUGUGGAUCACCUUUCACAGUUAAAAAGCAGCUCAUACCUGGAGUUUCAGAACACAAUGCAAGACUUACCUUCCAUAGUACAUCGCAUAGAGAAUAUGAAUAGAAGCAAUCAUCUUUAUGUUCUGUUCUCAAAAACAGAAGUCAGACUUUUGGAUAGAACUUAUUUUCUAAGCAAUAUACAGUCCCAGCUAGAACUAAUUUCAGAAAUGUUUACAUAACUUAAGAUUGUCAAAGACCUAUGCAUUUGUUUAGAAGGCUUGGAAAAAAAGUGACAUUAUUUCAAGUUAGUAGAUUCAAGAUUGUUAAUAUGAUACAGUACAUGGUUUGGGUACUUUUAUUUUCCCUAAACUAUUUUUUGCAACCCAGCAGCAGCAUAAGAUGAUGACAGUGAUCAAAAGCCUCUGAGGACCGGUUAUCAUUGCUUCUGUGAAGCAGAUGGAGUCUUGCUGAAGAAAUUUUACUUCUUCCACCUUGUUGUAAAAGCCUGCACAGCACACAAAUAAUGCUCAUAAUUAAAGCAGUACCUACCAUAAGCCUAGUCUUUGGCUAUCUGGAUUUAACAUACAGUGUUUCAAUUAUACAAGUUAAAUUGGAAAGGGUUUAAGUAUUUUUAAAAGAAUGAUUCUGUUCUAUUAAG